AGGGCUGUGGAGGUGAGCCGGGGACGGACGCCGGCACCAUGCCCACUCCCAGCACCGCCUCGCCGCAGGCCAAGGGCUUCCGCAGGGCCGUCUCUGAGCUGGACGCCAAGCAGGCCGAAGCCAUGAUGUCCCCGCGCUUCGGCCGGCGACAGAGCCUCAUCGAGGAUGCCCGCAAGGAGCGAGAGAAGGCAGAGGCCGUGUCAGCGGCCUCGGCGGAGCCCGGGGACCCCCUGGAGGCCGCGGUGCUCAAGGAGACCGAUGGGAAGGCCAUGCUGAACUUGAUCUUCACCCUGCGGGGCGCCAAGACCUCCUCACUGUCCCGGGCCGUGAAGGCUUUUGAGACGUUUGAAGCCCAAAUCCACCACCUGGAGACGCGGCCCGCCCAGAGGCCAAGGACAGGGGGCCCCCAUCUCGAGUACUUUGUGCGCUGUGAGGUGCCCAGCGCUGACCUGCCCGCCCUGCUCAGCGCCGUGCGCCGGGUGGCUGAGGACGUGCGUGGCACCGGGGAGAGCAAGGUCCUCUGGUUCCCAAGGAAAGUUUCUGAGCUGGACAAGUGCCACCACUUGGUCACCAAGUUUGACCCUGACCUGGACUUGGAUCACCCAGGCUUCUCGGACCAGGCCUACCGGCAGCGCCGGAAGCAGAUUGCGGAGAUAGCCUUCCAGUACAAGCACGGUGACCCCAUUCCCCGCGUGGAGUACACAGCCGAGGAGAUUGGCACCUGGAAGGAGGUCUACACCACCCUCAAGGGCCUGUACGUGACCCACGCGUGCCGGGAGCACCUGGAGGCCUUCCAGCUGCUGGAGCAGUUCAGCGGGUACCGAGAGGACAGCAUCCCUCAGCUGGAGGACGUGUCCCGCUUCCUGAGGGAGCGGACAGGCUUCCAGCUGCGGCCCGUGGCCGGCCUGCUGUCCGCCCGGGACUUCCUGGCCAGCCUGGCCUUCCGUGUGUUCCAGUGCACCCAGUACAUCCGGCACGCCUCCUCGCCCAUGCACUCCCCUGAGCCGGACUGCUGCCAUGAGCUACUGGGGCAUGUGCCCAUGCUGGCCGACCGCACUUUUGCUCAGUUCUCCCAGGACAUUGGGCUCGCAUCCUUGGGGGCUUCCGACGAGGAGAUUGAGAAGCUGUCCACGCUGUACUGGUUCACGGUGGAGUUCGGGCUGUGCAAGCAGAACGGGGAGCUGAAGGCCUAUGGCGCUGGGCUGCUGUCCUCCUACGGGGAGCUCCUGCACUCUCUGUCUGAGGAGCCCGAGAUCCGGGCCUUCGACCCGGACGCUGUGGCCGUACAGCCUUACCAGGACCAGACCUACCAGUCCGUCUACUUCGUGUCUGAGAGUUUCAGUGACGCCAAGGACAAGCUCAGGAACUAUGCCUCCCGCAUCCAGCGCCCCUUCUCCGUGAAGUUUGACCCGUACACACUGGCCAUCGACGUGCUGGACAGUCCCCGCGCCAUCGGGCGCUCCCUGCAGGGCGUCCAGGACGAGCUGCACACCCUGGCCCAUGCGCUGAGCGCCAUCGGCUAGCGCCACGGGGAGACCCUCCUCCCGGCCCUGCCCCAGUGAGGGCCGGGGCCCCCUGGGCAGCCCAGAGCCCGCUGGAGCCCGUCCCUGCUGGAGGGCGCCCCGCUGUCCCGCCCUACCGCUUCCAGCUCGGCCCGCCCGGGCCGCUGCCCGCUGCCCGCUCACACCCUCAAUAAAGGAAACAGCCGUCCUGGC